CUUCGUACAAGUUUCCGUGGAGGAGAAUAAAAAAGAAAAUGGCACAUGGGAAUGAAAAUUGAGAUUGGAUGGCGAUGGAGAUUGAGAGUUGAGAAUGUGAGUCGAUGGUCGUCAAUGUCAUCCUUCAAAAAAUGUCAGGAACGGCAACAACAUCAAUCUUAAUUUCAAGUCCAACAGAGUAUCUGGUGAGAAGAAGACGCAGCAGAGACAGAGGAGGAGGAGGAGGGCUCUUCCUCUUUCCUAAUCAUCAAGCCAUUCUCAGUUUGAGAAGCUCAUCAGCCAUCUCUCAGACUCAGACCUUCCUCCUCACAUACCCCCCAUAUGCCCCCCACAAAACCCACCACAACCACAACACCACUUCAACUUCAAUCUUUACACCACUCUUCAAACCCCCAUUUCUCAUGAAAUGGCAGGAUUGCAAGGUGAAGAUGGAUGUUGAAGUGCCUACAUCAGUGGCCUAUGAUUGUUAUUCUGACCGUCAAGCCAUUCCCUGCUGGAUGCCCUUCAUUUCAUCUGUAGAGAUUUUAGAAGCUAAGCCUGACCUAUCGCGAUGGUCAUUGAAGUAUAAAGCAUUUGGCCGUGAUAUUGAAUUCUCUUGGCUUGCUCGAAAUAUGCAGCCCAUCCCAAAUCAGAAAAUCCAGUGGAGAUCUCUCGAAGGUCUCCCCAACAGAGGAGCUGUACGGUUUUUUCCAAAAGGUCCUUCAUCAUGCGUAGUAGAACUAACUGUUUCAUAUGAAGUCCCUCAACUCUUGGUUCCAUUGGCAUCAGUAAGCACUCCAACUCAUUGCAAGUGGCAUGUUGAACAACUUAGCCUAAACAGAAAUGAAAAGGGCAACGGAUAUGACGGAAUGGCAGAGACUAUCAUGUACUAAAUCCUUUUACUGAGAGCUUACUUUUACGAGGUUUAGAAAGAUUUGCAAAGUUUGCAAAAAGCUACCCCACUAACUCAAAAAGGUGAUGUCCAAAUUAAGGGACUUAGGUGAUGACUUUACCAAAAUUAUUAGCAUGGACCAUUCUUUCAAAGGAGGAAGUAAGUCUGGAUACUAAAGAUUGUAAUGCAUCUGUAUUUCAUAAAGAGGAAUUAAGAUAUGUCCAUUUAUUUAUCCAUUUAAUUUAUAGAGACAUUUCUGUCUCUUUAGACAAGAUGUUUUUGUUUGUGUUUAUAAUGGUCCUGUAUUUUGUGAAACCAUGAAUAACUUUCCCCUGUUUACUGUCCCUUAAGUGGUUUCUGGCUCUCUCAGUGUAUUGAAAAGCUUGACCUGUCUUACUUUGAGGUAAUGAGACAGCCAAGUAGGUCAAUUAUAACAUGGAUAGGUUGAUUGUUGAGUUGUCAACAGCUUAA